CCAAGACGUGAAAUGUGCGACGAUGCUCGUACUAAAUCUGAAUACGAGGAAAGAUCGGGGGUUUGAAGUUUUAUAUCUUCAUCUCCUGUCUUUUUUUCGAUAUUUAAGUUGUAUUAAUUGUUUCCAUUCUUUCGGUAGCUUAUGUACUCGGUCGGUCAACCUCUUCUCUUCGUUGUUAUAACAAUUGGUUAUAUCUUAUUUUGAUUAUGCAUAUGAGUUGGUGAAUUUAUCACUCAUUGUAUCGUGAAACCUGUCCUUCAUUUCAGAUUGAUUUUCAAUACACCACAUUUGCAGCAGUUCUACCGCAUCAUAUCUUUUACGACACGGCCAUCAAUACAUAUAUCAGGCCUCGGCCAGCAAAUCCUCUAGAAUGAAGAUAUUCUCAUUACCGCCCACUCCUCUGGCCCUAUUAUUCACGACCCUGAAAGUCCUCGCACAAAAAGACAAUGGCGAAGAAUGCUCAUGUUUUCGAACAGAUAGUGCCUCUUCGGGAUAUUUCACAUAUCAUAGAUUUCACGACUUUAGAACCGUGGCCGCAGCUUCGCAGACGGUUCCGGACUUGAUUGCAAAUGAGAGUGAUACAUCAAAUGCAUUUGCAACAUCGGAUUUCUUUACGGGACAAGCAUGGAAUAAUGAUUGGUCGACACAGAUUUGGAAUAAUAGUGAUACUAUGGUGGAAAGUGGAAGUAGUGUGUUGAUGAUCAAUUCACCAAAUAAUGUAUAUAUUGGUACGUCCUCAAAUUCUGUCCACCCUAUCUGUCAGUGGACGUACUAACAUUAUAACUUCAGAAACCUCGACCGACAAUGUCACAUCGUACGACACCUACCUCACCCUUCGCACAGCCCGCCUCCCAAAUUUCCAAUCCGUUGCGGAAUUUGACUCGAACGAAAAGAAUUUCAAAUAUCUGUCCGCACGAUUCUUAGCCCGGGUUGUUGGCUCAGAUGGAGCAUGUGCGGGAAUGUUCACCUAUCUAGACUCCAACCCCAUCCAAGAAUCCGACAUUGAAAUUCUCACCUCCGGCCCACGAAAUGUAGUCCAGUACACGAAUCAACCUUCCGUCAACAAAGCAGGGGACGCAGAUCCACGAGCUACAUCUAAUGCCAGUACUGCUGGCGGAACUAUGGAUUGGAGUGUCUGGAAUACAUAUCGAAUGGAUUGGAUGCCGAAACAAACAUCCUGGUAUGUAAACGGCGAAAGUGUUGCGAAUAUCUCAUACCAAGUCCCGAAAUCUCCGAGCGGAUUGAUAUUGAAUAUGUGGAGUGAUGGAGGAGAAUGGACAGGGAAUAUGAGCCUCUAUGAUGAGGCGUUCUUACAGGUUCAAUGGAUUGAAUUGGUGUAUAAUACUAGUGGCGACUAUGCUGGGAGUAAGAGGGAGCUGGAAAAGAGGAAGAGUAAGGGUUGUAAAGUUGUUUGUGGGGUGGAUGAGGGAGUUAACAUUACGGGGACUCCGGCGGUAUUGAUAAAUAAUACGAAUGCGGGGACGAUGGGUUUCAAGGAGGGAACAGGGAGUAUGGGCUGGGUACCAGUGGUGGUGGUUGGAUUGGCUGUUUUUGGAUGGUUUUGAUCUUCUGGUGCACGGGGUGCCCUGGAUUGCGUGGAGUUUUCGAUAUCAUUGCGAAUUUUUGAAAUAGACAUCUUGGUAGGAUUAUACGGGCGAUGUUUUGUUUUAUAUACGCAUGAAGCAAUGAUCAAUGGCUUGGAUUUGGUGUUGUAGUUUUCAGCAAUUAUGAUACGAUAAAAGACUAUUCACUCCGUUGGUGUAUAUUAGCGCAAGCUCUGUGAUACCCCACAAUAAGCUUUUUGCUACUCGGUAUUUACU